AUGAUGCGUAUGUUGUACUUACAAAGACAGUUCCUCAGUUCAAGAAACCCAGCACAUAUAAUCCAAUGCCGUUUAAAUACAAUUCCAAUGGUGGGUUGCCCUGUUGUACCGCUUCUCGAAGGAGAAAAUAUAUGUCUGACAAAUUCUGAAUUUCUAUGGUUUGUUGGACAGUCUAAAAAAUGGCCAGAUAAACCGUGUCACAAAGGCUUCUUAUUCAUACCAACUGAAGAUCAUGUUGGUUUAUCAAUUCAGUUGAAAGUUCGUGUACGUGACAUUAAAGGUAUGGCCGGUAUCCCAUUCGGAACAAACAAAUUUUUUGAUCCUUAUGGACAACCGAUUGAAUGCAAAUCGCCUGUACUUAUAGCUCCUAAUCAAGUAUUUCAUCAACAGAGGUAUAAAUGGAUUGAAAACAAUCAAUUAGAUUCACAACAUUUACGUGUUGUAAGUUACAAUAUUCUGGCCGAAAUGUAUGCUCGAUCUGAUUUUGCUCGUGCCCAUAUAUUCAAACAUUGCCCAGAGGCUUGUAUCAGUUCAGCCUACCGAUUACCGUUGAUUUUACGUGAACUGUUUUCUUAUCAGUCGGAUUUUAUCUGCCUUCAAGAAGUCGAUCGAUGGGUUUACGACAAAUACCUUCUAAAUGCUUUAAGAUCCCAUCGAAAUAUGGACGGCAUAUUCUUAGCCAAAAGAGCAGUCAUAACUGAUCCGAAUGAUCCGGCUAAAGUUAAAGUUGACACAGAAAAAGAAAAGGGUGAAGGUUGUGCAAUCUUCUAUCGUCGUGCUCGGUUUGAACUUGUGUCGAAAUGCGGCCUACCAUCGAUACUUCAUUAUGCAUCAACCGUUCCAUUUUUAUCAACUAUGUUAAACAAUUUCAAUUCCACAACCUUAAGUUGUAGCUCAACGGGCCAUUCAUUUAGUGAAGAGAAUACCGAAACCCAUAUUCAAAAGUCAUUAUCGCAGUGUCUGAUCAGUGGGAUAUUUCGAGAGAAGUCGACCACAUCACAAUCUUCUUUACUGAUUGUUUCUAAUGCCCACUUCUAUUUUCAUCCUUCAGCUAGUCCGAUUCGAGUAAUUCAAGCGCGUACAGUUCAUUACUACUUAUCAAAACUUGCUAUGGAUUACAGACAGUCGGAUAAUAAACCAAUUCCAAUUGUUUUUUGUGGGGAUAUUAAUCAGUGUCCAGGUAGUGAUGUGUAUACCGCUCUCACUCAAUGUGAUGGAUGCCCAUCUGAUGAGGAGGUUGCUUAUCAGCCUAUAUUUGAAUCAGCUUAUGUAAAUAAUCCACCUGAAUUUACUAACUGGGUGCCUGGAUUUCACAAUGUUUUGGACGUUAUACUGUAUAAUACAGACUCAGAUUUAAAAUGUAUUCAUGUGUUGCCGAUUGAUCCACUGGAGAAAAUCCAAGAGUUGUUGAUUCAGUUAAUCAAUGAGAAUGGUCAAAUUGUGCAAGAUUCUAGCGAAUUGGGUCUCCCAAACGCCUAUUUCCCAAGUGAUCAUAUCGCACUUGUAGCUGAUUUUUCAUGGGACUCUUUAGAACAUACAAGUGAAUAG